CUCUGUUUUUCCCUCUCACAAACAGUUUAACGUUAUGUAGAGAUCUGACAUCACUUUAAUGGCUAUAAUUCUUCAUCUUUCAUUUGUGGUGAUUGUAGGUUUGGGCUCCUGUUAUGAUGAUCCUCCAGUCCUGGGCCAACCUCGGCUGUAUGGACCAGACGCGGCCCUUUUGAAGAAUACAGUGGAGUUUUACUGUAGACUUUCUGUGUAUCCCAAAAAUGAAACUAUCCUGCUGCAGCUGUUCAAGGAGGGUGACCGUGAUAAGAUUCUUGGUGAAUACAGUUCUCUGAAUGGGGAGCAAGGAGUUUUUCCCAUUUUGAUCAAACCAUUUCACGAUGGAUUCCUGGAGUGUGUGGCAAGCGCUCAGAACAACACCUCUAUUGAGCCAACAGUGAGCAAAAGCCACCGCCUUCGGGUCAUUGAGCCGGUGAAAAACGCAGAGGUGGUGGUCAGUUCAGGACAGACUGAGCUCUUUGAAAACAAAACUUUGGAGCUAGAAUGUAAAGUGGCGAAAGGAACCUAUGUGAACUACUAUUGGCUUCUCAAUGAGGAAGAAAUCUCUGACACAACUUAUCGACAUUUUAAUGACAACCAGCUCAAAGUCUUCAGAACAACCUCUAAAGACAGUGGCUUGUACAUGUGCAUCGCUCUGAACUCCUAUAAUGAAACCAUCUACCAAUCAAAUAGCUCUACAGUUCAGAUCACUUUCAAAGCUGCUGUGUCCACUCCUCAACCCUCCUUCACUGUACUGAAAGAGAAUAUGAGUUACUCUGCAUUGGUGUCUUGCCAUUCUUUAAGAGGGACUCCUCCUAUCACAUUCACUCUUCAUGAAUUUGAUGACGAGAUUGGUAAUGUAACAGUAGAUGACAGAAAUGCCACUUUUAAGAUCCCGAUUGCUUUGGGACAGCAUGCUAGAUGGCUCAAAUGCACCGCGGACAAUGGACAACAGAGCACAAGCAAAGACUGGAUGGAAUUAAAAGUCGUGCCAGUUGAAGGCCCGGUGACUUUACAGUACAGCUAUGACACAGGCUCAAACUUCGCUGUGGUUGGGCUGACAUUUAACUGCACGGCCUCAAAAGGAACCCAUGUGAAGUUUGAGUGGUUCCUGAAUGGGACUCUGCUCCCUCACACCCGGGGACCCUUCUACCACAUGGUGAACGUGCCCCCGAAAAGUUCCAUCCUGCUUCUGGCCGUGGACCGGAGAAGCGCCGGGACAUACCACUGUGAGGCGUCUGAUGAAUUUGACAACACAACCGCAAUACGCAGCAGGGGAAAAUACCUUGAUAAAGAAGUGUUAAAUCGGAUCCCUGAUGUCGUGGUCGCUGUGGUCUUUGGAAGUUUCGCAUUUAUCUUAGCCCUGGUCUGCAUCUGCUGUGGUAUUGGCUUUGUGUACAGUAAGAUGUGACAUUCUUUUAGGUUUUGUAGUUCAUUUCCUCAUUUUUGACAAAAUUCUAAUGACUGAAAAUAUUUUAGGACCAAAGACCCGUCAU